AAUUGCAGCAUUUUUACAUUUCUACUCCGGGUAAUCUUAUUUUUGUACUGCAACCUUAUAACACGGCUUUGUAUAACAGUCGACAUCAUGAGUGUGACAGAAGGUGAGCGAGCAGCUUACCUCCUAGAUGCCCAGAACAAAGCCGUCCAACUUUUUGAGGAGAUAGAGGAGAAGCUUAUCCGACCCGGCAUCAGCGAGAAGACGUUGAGCGAUGAGAUCCAUAAGCUUGGGACAGAACGCCAUGGUGUUAAAACACAUUGGCACAAAAGAGUUGUCAGAAGCGGACCCAAUACCCUUCUACCAUUUGAGGAUAAUCCACCUGAUCGUAUCAUUGGAGAAGAUGACAUCCUAUACGUCGACCUAGGACCAGUAUUUGAGGCCUGGGAGGCCGACUUUGCACGUACCUUUGUGCUUGGCGAUGACCCCAACAAGAAACGUCUACGAGACUCUCUCGCCCCAGUCUGGAAAAUAGUGAAAUCUCGGUACCAGGAGAAUCCAGAUGUGACGGGCGAGCGAUUGUAUGACAUUGCCUGCGAAGAAGCUCGAAACGCUGGUUGGGAAUUCGGCGCCAAACUUGCUGGGCACCUAGUCGGGCUCUUCCCACAUGAACGUAUUCCCCGGGACAAGAUAUCUCUUUAUAUUACCAAGGGGAACGACCAAAGAAUGAGCAAUCCCGGCAAAGAUGGAGAUAAGCGGCAUUGGAUUCUUGAGAUCCACCUUCGCGACAAUGAAAACAAGGUCGCGGCUUUCUACGAGCAACUCUUGACGGUUGAUUAGGCUAGUAAACGGUCGAGGUAAAAGGGGAAAGGGGGUCAUUACGGAGGGUUCUGGCAGUCAAGCCUAGGCGGAGUAAAGUAGUGAGAAAUGCAUACAUGACUUUCGUAU